CCGCCAGUAACAACCACACCGCCAAUAGUUUGCUGUCGGGUCGAAGAAUCGCCGUAUCACCCGCCCAUCCCAUUUGAUUACCAUUUCAAGCUGUUCCGCUUUCCAGCAAAUUUUGCGCGAGGGCGUCCUAUACACGAGGUGAUGUCGGUCGGUGCAAUUGGCGUGACUUUAGUAGGUUCCACCGUCCGUCCAUAUAUGGCCACUGUGUACAGUUUUUGACCUUGCUGCGACGAGGUUGAAACGAACUGAAGUUCAACACGGAGUGACAUAACGAAGGUGCUUUUCUGUUAUUCCUCUAUUAAUUUUCAUUUCUAUAAGUAACGUUGGAAUUGAACCGACCAUUCGUUACCAACAAAACAAUUUAGUCCCGGGGAAGGGGCGGAAGGCGAAUGUUACCAUGGAAGUUCGCGCGGGUCGAUGUCAUGGUUACGUGGGCAACGACGGUUGAUUGUGUUCCGUCGUUUGUUGUAUUGAUCGACUGAAUGCCAUUGUCACAGUUUCAAACGUUUUGAGCUAAAUUAAGUGCGAAAAAUGGCUGCAGCGUCCGGAAGAGUUUCCAAGAAAAAACCUCUCCCUUAUUUCAUGCAACGAUCAGAGGAUGCGGUUCUGCCAUCGUUUCAAAACCGCCGAACCUUGGCGGACCACGUGAAGGACAACAUGCUGUGUGCGGGCCGAAAAUCGUACUUCCAACGGAUUGUUUACGUCGGUCGACAUCCGAAGGUUUCGGCCAUGACAAUUCGUGAUCGGUUCUUGAAGGUAAUCAAAGAGAUGCAGGAAAAAACUUUCAACGAAGUUAAGCUGUUCGGUUUGAUGAUUAAUUUCGACGAAUACUCGAUGCAUAUGAUCGAGAGCGCGGAGGAGACCAUCGGCGAAUAUAUGCGGUAUUUGGCGGACAGUGACCUCUUUGAGUGCAGCCGGGUGGUACUCGUAUAUAAUAACAUCAAUCAGAGAUUUUUCCGCAAAUUGGUGUGGCGAUUUGCUGAUUAUUUGAACGGUUUACCGCCUGCCGUUAUCGAUGCGAAGGAUCCAAAUGUGGUUCAGAAUACGAUUAAUGCUUUUAUGGUGAAAGUGUACACUCUGUGUAAAAUGGUUCGUUCUGAGGAACUGGAUGAAAGAUCUGCUUUCAAAUCGCUUUAUCUAGACGAGAAUUAUGAAGAACACACUCCUGAUGCUGUCGUUUUGGAGUAUAUACUCGGUCUAAAUUGCCUUUUCAACAUACAAGAGUAUGGCCAGUUCUACGGCGUCCUUCCGGACGUUACUACCUUCAGGGACAAAGUGUGGCCCAUUCCGGACGAUAUGACUCCCUACGAUGUGUUUGAUUCGGGAAAAUAUCAAGUUAAUCUCACUUUUGGAGACGUCUGAACAUGAGAUCUCAUAAAUGCAUCCUCAAAAAAAGUAGAAAAUAAAUGAAUU